AUGGCCUCCAAUAACCCGCAACCCAAGCGACCUCCAACCUAUUUCUUUCCCGCAACACCCAAGUGGGCCGCAAUUGUAGAGGCUGGAGCUUCCCGGAGCCACCCUCAUCAACAAUUCCAGAAGGGAAACAACUCGCCGGAAAUAUUAGGGCCCCAGAGAUCCCACGGGGCUGAUAGCGGGAACAAAGGGGCGCGCUCUUUUGAGGUCCCCAUUUUGAAUGACGACCCAUGGGCUGACUAUGAGAAGCGCAUCGAAAUUUUCCCCAAGCGGCAUAUCUUUCUCGCCAGGCACCGUGAGAACAAAGGGGAGCUGGUCCAUGUGCAGCAGCUCGAAGAGGGCGUGGAAAUACGGCCCCUCCUCAAUACAAUCACCCGUCUCUCGCAUCGUAGCUUCCUUCGCCUUCUCCACUGUUAUCAGUAUGAGGGGCUAGCCUUUUUGGUUUGGGAGCCCGUGGAGUUGUCUUUGUCACAGAUUAUCGGGUCCAAGUACUCGAUACGGGAGGCCGAGCUUGUCUCUAUAGUGUGGCCGGUCAGUACUGACUCAAGAGCCAUGAGAUUAGCGCCGCAGCUCACCACGCUCCAGAUUCUUAAGGGAAUUCGACACCUACGGGACUUCAACCGGGCUCUUGCCUCGCUCACGAACGAGACAAUUUUGCUGACCGAUUCUGGGAGUGUCAAGAUCGCGGAAAUCGAACGCAGUUGCGAGAUUCAUGCAGCAGACAUGAAUGCGGUCACGCUGAAGCUGUUUGCCUUAUCUGAAAUUAUUGAGGGGCUUCGGAAGCAAAUGAAUCCGCUCGAUCUUUGGAGUCCCGAGGCUCAGAACCUGUCAGCAAAGUUAAUGGUGGUGCCACUGGAUGACAUUUUGCGCGACGAUCUCUUUGCCCAGAUGCAGGGUGGGGAGCUGAAGAUGAUGGUAAAUAUCGUCAGUAAAUCUAGCCACUACGAUAUCAAAUUUUCCUAG